UGAACAGAGUUGCCGUAAAAGGUAGAAGGUUUGAAGAAGGCUUUUUGAAGAAGUUAUUGAAUGAUUGGUAGAAGACCAGUUUAGGUGGUUUUGGAAGGGUAUAUAAAGUGGCCGAUUGGCAAAAAAUUAUAAACAAAGUUGUGGGAAAAAAUGAUGAAAUUAUUGGCUGUGCAAACAAUGAUAACAAAAGAUGAAGAAAAUAUCAAAAUUACGCACGAAUUAUCCAAAAGUGAUGAAAUUAAUGAAGAAGAAAAGAAAAUUAAAUAUUUUAUUGAAGAUAUAAAUUUGUUUGAAAUUUUUAAUAAAUUUAAUAAAGGAAAAACUCAAAUUGGAAGGAAUUUAUUAAAUAUUUGUAUUUUUGCAAAUGAGAUUGGAAAACGUUUUGAAUUUUUUGAGAAGCUAAAAUUAAAAAAUAAAUUGGUUUUUAAUGUUUAUUUUGAAGAAGAAAAAUUUUUAGAAAUUCAAAAAAGUUGGAAUGAAAUUAAAGAAAAAUCAUUAAAAAAUAUUGAAGAAAUUGAAAAAGAAUUGAAACUUUUAUUAAUUAAUUUGUUGCCUUUUUUCGGAAAAAACGAAAUUUUAGAAAAAGAUUUGGUUAAUAAAAUGAAAGAAAAAUUGUAUUUUCAAAAAAUUUGUGAAUAUUUUAUUUUUACAAAAGAGCAAAAUAUUGAUGGAAAAUUAACCAAAAAUCAGAUAUAUCUCGUUCAGGAAAUGUUUAAUUUGAAAGCGGAUAAACAUGAAGUUAGUAUAUUGGUGGAAAAAGUAGAAGAACGAAUUAAUAAAUUAAUUAAAAUGAAAGAACAAAUUAAAUUAGAUAAUCAAAGAAACAAUGAUGAUUAUCUAAAUCCAGAUGGAUAUAAACUUUUUUCGUUUAAAGAGACAGAAAUGAAUGAAGAAUCAAACACGGAACCGAAUAAUUUUCUUGAAUUUAAAGGAAACGAUCCAAUGGACUUUUUAAAUGAGGAAUACGAGACAAAAACAUUAAUCGACAAUUUAUAUUCUAAUAAAAUAAAUAUCAAAAAUCCAAAAGAAUUUUUUCAAACACUUUUUAAUAAAUGGAUAAAUUUAACAAAAAAUAACAAUUUUGGAUUAUUAAUGGCCAGUCCUUACAACAAAAUAGGAGGCCAUAUUCAAGUAAUUGUUGUUGCUGUCGGGACAGGAAAAGGAGAGGAUGAAGAAAAAAUGAAAGCUAAACAAAUAUUUAAUGGAGAAACAAAUACAUUUUGUAGACCUCCAUUUAUGUUUAAUUGUUCAGAUAAAUCACUCUUCUGUUAUCUUUGCAAGAAAAGCAAAUUUGUGAACAAACUUCGUCGUUCGACCUCAUCAGAUGAAUUUAUUCAGUUUGAAAUACAAACAACUGAAAUUAACAUUACUUUUGUUCACAAGCCAGAAACACGUAUAGUUCCCCAGGAUUCAAGCUGGAUUGAAUCAUUAAUGAAGAAAUUAUCGAAUAAUUUAAAUAAGGAAAGUGGCAAUGGAGAAAUUCAAAACGCAUUAAUUACAUUGCACAACCUUGCAUUGUUCAAAAGUUAUGAAUAUUUGGAGAAUUUGAUAGAGAAUGUGAAUGAACGCGAAAAACAAAUUUUUAUUCAAGCAUUUAUUGCAUUAAAAAAUUGGGCAAAAGGUUUGAUAUUUAAUAUGUUUAUGAGUUUUUGA